AUGCCGCCGAAGCAGUCAACAGCAGGAGCCUCACGUGGCCGGCCUCCUGGCUCCAAGAACAAGGCAGCGGCGCCCGCUGGCAGCAAGAAGCCCAGCGCGGCUGCCAGAGGAAAGCAGCGAGCCCAGCCCAACGAGUCUCCUGAGCCUCGGCGUCGCGAGGACUCCGAAGAGGUCAUGGAGGUCGAUGGAGAUCUGGAGGAUGACGAGGAUGAUGAGGAGCCGGAGAAGACCAUCCCGCCCGAGCUACUGACGCGCAUCCUGCACGAGUUCUUUGAGAAGGACGGCACACGCAUCACCAAAGAUGCAAACAACGCCGUCGCCAAGUACAUGGAUAUCUUUGUCAAGGAAGCUAUUGCUCGAGCCGCGGCUGAGAGGGACGGGGGGUUCUUGGAGGUCGAGGAUCUCGAGAAGAUUGCGCCGCAGCUGUUAUUCGAUCUGUGA